GGUUCUUGUCCAAGAUUCCUCUUGAGCGAACAUGUCCAGGCAGACGUGCACACCAUAUCCGUGCUUGCAGCUCCAUGUUCUGGUGGCUUGCACAUGAAAAUCAGAGGGUGGCGUCCUUGAACGCUGACAGAAGAGGCUGCCAAAGCGAGCUGCGGAUCAAGGCUAGAACAAUGAUCUCCGGGAUCGCCGUGGCUCGACCGACACAGCGAGCUCCCGCGGAGAACUGGCGAGCACGCACUGCCCGCCUUGCGAGGCGCAACUUGGCCGGCGCUGUUCCUCGCUUGGGUUCGUCGCUUACCUUCUGCUUUCCAUCGCCUCAUUCGAAGCCAUCAUGACAGCCAUCCACCUCGCUCCGUUGCAUGUCCCGUUCGCGCGGCGUCGACAGACUUGGGCGAUAGCGACCUGGCUCAGCUUCCCGUUCGUGUCCAUCGUCGCCUUCCUUCUCAUCCUCGUCUGGCCUAGGCUGACGCUCCUGGCGCUGGGCUACGUGGUCUUCAUCCUUGUCGACAAGUCGCCGUUUCAUGGCGGCCGUCCAAGUCAGUGGGUCCGUCGCCUGGCUUUCUGGAGAUGGCUUCGCGACUACUUCCCCGUUGAACUUGUGGCGACGACGCAGCUGGAUCCGAAGAAAAACUAUCUCUUUGGCUACCACCCUCACGGCAUUGUUUCGAUCGGUGCGGUGACCAACUUUGGAACCGAGGCCAACGAGUUUUCCAAGCUCUUCCCCGGCAUCAGCCUUCGCCUCCUGACACUGAAUCUGCACUUUUUCAUUCCAUUCUGGCGAGAUCUGCUUCUCUCGCUCGGCGUGGCAUCGGUCGGAAAGGGAUGCAUCGACAACAUCCUGUCCAAGGGGCCCGGCUCCUCGUGCAUGAUCGUGGUGGGAGGAUCUGCCGAGGUAUUUCUGGCGGUUCCCGGGACAUACGACCUGGUGCUGUCCGGCCGCUACGGGUUCGUACGGGUUGCCCUCAAGAACGGCGCCUCGCUUGUGCCGGUGUUUUCGUUCGGUGAAAACGACUGUUGGGACCAGGUCCAGAAACCCAAAGGCACGUUCGUACGAUUCGUCCAAGAUGCCUUCAAGAAACUCUCGCAGCUCACCGUGCCGGUCGCCAACGGCCGCGGGUUCUUCAACUACGACAUUGGCCUGCUCCCAAGACGAAGGCGCAUCGUUAGCAUCGUCGGCGCUCCCAUCGACUGCCCAAAGACACCAUCGCCUUCGGAGGAGCUGGUUCAUGAGUACCACCAAAAGUACAUCGAGGGCCUCAAGGCUCUCUACGAGCAAUACAAGGACCAGUACGCCCCGGACCGCAAGAAGGAGUUUACUGUGAUUUGACAGACACAAGCUUCAGAUUCGAGCCUGCACCGUGUCUCGCACUCCCAGGUGUUUCGCAGGUAUCCUACCAUCGAGCCAGUGUUGCCUCGAUCGGCGCUGUUCUCAUGGAUCGAGUGCUGUGUUGUCCGGUCAUCCUCAAUGCUAGCCGUGGACACUCUUUCAAUAAAUAACGAUGCUCGAAAUGUUCGACCAG